AUGAUGGCGUACAUGAACCCGGGGCCCCACUACCCCGUGAACGCUUUGGCCCUGAGCGGCCCCAGUGUGGAUCUGAUGCACCAGGCUGUACCCUACCCGAGUGCCCCUCGCAAACAGCGGCGGGAGCGAACCACCUUCACGCGGAGCCAGCUGGAGGAGCUGGAGGCCCUGUUUGCCAAAACCCAGUACCCGGACGUGUAUGCCCGCGAGGAGGUGGCACUGAAGAUCAACCUACCCGAAUCCAGGGUUCAGGUGUGGUUCAAGAACCGCAGGGCCAAGUGCAGACAGCAGAGGCAGCAGCGGCAGCAGCAGCCGGCGCCACCGGGCGCACCGACCAAGGCUCGCCCGGCCAAGAGGAAGGCGGGCGCGUCCCCACGACCCUCCGCGGAUGUCUGCCCGGACCCGCUGGGUCUCUCCGAGUCCUACAGCCCACCGCUGCCCGGCCCCUCGGCCUCGCCCAGCGCCGCGGUGGCCACUGUGUCCAUCUGGAGCCCCGCCUCUGAGUCCCCUCUGCCCGAGGCGCAGCGGGCUGGGCUGGUGGCCUCGGGGCCGGCGCUGACCUCGGCCCCCUACGCCGUGAGCUACGCGCCGGCCUUCUGCUCCUCGCCCUCGGCCUAUGGAUCUCCGAGUUCCUACUUCAGCGGCCUCGACCCCUACCUUUCCCCCAUGGUGCCCCAGCUGGGGGGUCCGGCCCUCAGCCCCCUGUCCGGCCCGUCGGUGGGACCCUCCCUGGCCCAGUCCCCCACCUCCCUCUCGGGCCAGAGCUACGGCGCCUACAGCCCGGUGGACAGCUUGGAAUUCAAGGACCCCACGGGCACCUGGAAGUUCACCUACAACCCCAUGGAUCCCCUGGACUACAAGGACCAGAGUGCCUGGAAGUUCCAGAUCUUGUAG